AAGAACUAUAUAAUAUAGACCAACUAAUUACUGAAAAACGAAGAGGUUGCCCUCCCAAAAAUAAUGCAGAAAACCAGGAACGUAAAAGAAAGAGGAUGGUGUCCCCACCUCCGUUAAAUUUCGACGAAACAAUGGCUCCGAAAAACGACAUCGAA